UGAGUAUCAUCGUCUUUGAAUAACUUGAGCGGAACUUGAAGCUUGUAAUGGAAAAUUAGGGUUUUCUUCUCUUUUCUACCUUUGCUUAAUUAGGGAAUUCGAUUUGAUUCCGUUGCAAUGGUGGAGAGACGGAAUCCUUUGGUUCUAUCAUCCACCAGAAGCACACUCCGUUCAGUGCUCAAUUCGUUACAAACCAGCUCUGCCGAUGGUGACCGAGUUCUGAAUCACGACGGGAUUGUUUUGGGCGGAUCCGACUUGUUACGAGGGACCGUUAGUUUGUCUGCGGGAAUUCUCCGGUGGCGGAGGGACGGAGAAAAUGUUUCCGAUGCAAAGUUGGAUUCUUUAGAUGACUCUGCAUUGGUUGGACUCUCCACUCAAUUGCUCAAGAGACUAUCUAUCAACUCUGGUUCUUUGGUUGUUAUCAAGAACAUUGAAGUAGGCAUUCAACGGGUUGCGCAAGUUGUUGUACUUGAUCCUCCCAAGUCGACGCUGGAAGAUGCAUCUGUCACUCAAGUCCCCGUUUCGGACUCUCUUCAAACGAUGCUUGUAUUUCCCACUUAUGAUUUAAUGGCCCAGCAGUUAUUAGAUCAAGAGGUUGCUUACUUGUCCCCAAUGUUAGCUUUUAAUCUUAGCUUGCAUAUAUCUUGCCUGAAAUCUCUCGUCCACCGAGGGAACGGGGUCUUGGAGAAGUAUUUUGAAGCUAAGUUUGACGAGGAAUUUAUCGGAAAAUCUGCGGCAGAUGGGUUGAAGAUUGGUUUGGAUUUGGAACCUGUGUCUGAUGUUCCAGGCUAUGCAUCACAUCUGAGAGUUUCUUUUGUUAAAAUCCCAGAGUGUGGUACCAUUCAAACCCUGAAAGUCAAUUCGUCAUUUGAAGCUGAAGAGCGACAAGGUUUAAUAGAUUCCGCAUUACAUAAGUAUUUUGGAACUGAUAGACAGCUGUCAAGAGGCGAUAUAUUUCGCAUUUACAUCGACUGGAAUUGUGGUUCAAGCAUUUGUAUUCCAUGUAGUCAAAGGUUGUGCUCCGAAAGCGAUGACUUUAUAUAUUUUAAGGUUAUCGCGAUGGAACCUUCUAAUGAGAGGUUUCUUCGAGUCAAUCACUCCCAAACCGCCCUUGUCCUUGGAGGAACUGUCUCUUCUGGUCUUCCACCAGAUUUGCUGGUGUAUAGAUCAAAGGUUCCUAUGCCCUUGCAGGAGGAGACAGUAAAUAUUUUGGCAUCAGUGCUUUCACCACCUCUCUGCCCAUCAGCACUCGCCUCAAAACUCAGGGUUGCUGUUUUACUGCAUGGUCUGCCAGGGUGUGGGAAGAGAACUGUUGUUAACUAUGUUGCUAGAAGGUUGGGGCUCCAUGUAGUUGAAUAUAGCUGCCACAGUUUAUUAGCAUCAUCUGAGAGGAAAACAUCUACUGCUUUGGCCCAGACUUUUAAUAUGGCACGAAGGUAUUCACCAACGAUACUUCUGCUUCGCCAUUUCGAUGUUUUUAAAAAUCUGGGUUCUCAGGAUGGUUCACUGGGUGAUCGAGUUGGUGUGUCCUCUGAGAUUGCAUCCGUGAUUAGGGAACUCACUGAGCCAGUUUCUAAUGGUGAAAACAGUUCCACGGAAGAAAAAUCGAAUAGCAAUUUCUCUGAAAAUGAAGUUGGGAAGUUUAGGGGACAUCAAGUGCUAUUAAUCGCAUCUGCUGAAAGUACUGAGGGUAUCUCUCCAACAAUUAGGCGUUGCUUUAGCCAUGAAAUACGUAUGGGUUCUUUGAAUGACGAACAGAGAUCUGAAAUGCUGACUCAGUCCCUCCAAGGCGUCUCUCAAUUCCUUAAUACCAGCUCAGAUGAAUUUAUGAAGGGAUUGGUGGGACAGACUUCUGGCUUCCUUCCUCGGGACUUGCGUGCUCUUGUAGCUGAUGCUGGUGCCAACUUAUACAUCAGUCAAGAGUCCGAGACCAAGAAAGUUAACUCUCUGUCAGAUGAUCUUCAUGGAGUUGAUGUACACCAGGCAAGCCAAUUAGGUAACAGUAGUGAUGCAUUAACAGCUAAUGAAGACUUUACCAAAGCUUUAGAUCGAUCAAAGAAGAGAAAUGCAUCAGCCCUUGGUGCUCCUAAGGUUCCAAAUGUGAAAUGGGAUGAUGUUGGUGGGCUUGAGGAUGUGAAGACAUCGAUAUUGGACACAGUUCAAUUACCUCUCCUGCAUAAAGAUUUAUUUUCGUCCGGAUUGCGUAAACGUUCUGGUGUACUUCUCUAUGGCCCUCCAGGAACAGGGAAAACUUUACUGGCAAAAGCUGUGGCGACAGAGUGCUCCUUAAAUUUCCUCAGUGUAAAGGGUCCGGAAUUAAUAAACAUGUAUAUUGGAGAGUCAGAGAAAAAUGUUCGAGAUAUAUUUGAAAAGGCAAGGUCAGCGCGACCUUGUGUGAUCUUCUUUGAUGAGCUUGAUUCUCUUGCUCCAGCUCGAGGUGCUUCUGGUGAUUCUGGAGGAGUCAUGGAUCGAGUGGUCUCUCAGAUGCUUGCAGAGAUUGAUGGACUCAGCGACUCUUCCCAGGAUCUGUUUAUUAUAGGAGCAAGCAACAGACCUGACUUGAUUGAUCCAGCUCUUUUACGGCCUGGCAGAUUCGACAAACUCCUGUAUGUUGGAGUCAACGCUGAUGCAUCUUACAGGGAAAGGGUCCUUAAAGCACUAACUCGGAAAUUUAAGUUAAGCGAAGAUGUAUCUCUUUAUUCAGUAGCAAAGAAGUGUCCCUCUACAUUCACCGGCGCUGAUAUGUAUGCCUUGUGUGCUGAUGCUUGGUUUCAGGCAGCUAAGCGAAAGGUCUCAAAAUCAGAUUCAGGGGAUAUUCCUCCAGAAGAUGAUCCGGAUUCAGUCGUUGUAGAGUAUGUGGAUUUUAUAAAGGCAAUGGAUCAGCUCUCGCCAUCACUCUCCAUAACUGAGCUUAAGAAUAGCGAUGCUAGAAGCGAAUUAGGGUUAGGGUUUGGUGGAUUAGGUGACGAAAUCAUGCAAGAUUGUGACUUUGAGGAAGAAAGCACACAUUCUUAUGUUUCUUGCGUUGACCCAGAUGUUGCUCUCUCUUAUAUCGAUGAGAAACUUGAAAACGUCUUGGGACAUUUUCAGAAAGAUUUUGAAGGUGGAGUUUCAGCUGAAAAUUUGGGUGCAAAGUUUGGUGGCUAUGGUUCCUUUUUGUCUAUGUAUCAGAGAUCUCCUGUUUGUUCACGUCCUAAGACUCCACCAGAAGUUCAGCAAAACCAAUUGGGGGGUCGAUCUAAUUGCUUAGCUUCAUCACUUGUACCUGAACUAUCAAUAUCCGGAUCCGCUUCGAAACCUCCUGCUUCUGAUGUUUUGGUCAAAUUAAAAAAGUUCGUCAAAUCAAGUAAUAUAGGGACACCUGAUAGCAAACAAAAACCUGACACAAAAAUUUCUUCUUCUGCUCCAUCAAAUCAUAAGACUCUCAGACUUCGUAUAAAAGUUGGUUCAAGUGACCUCUCGUCACUGAAAACCGUUUCUACAUAUACUAACGAAGGCCUCAAUAUGCUACCAUCAGCAUCGCGGGUGAAUUGCCUCUCAGAAGGCCUAAAUGGGAUUUGUGAUUCACCGACUAAAAUUCUUAUGGCUAUGGUGUCAUUCCCUUUGCAUAAAGAUCAGCUGUUAUCACCUCUCUCUGAUGAUCUUAUUCAGUUGGGAUCGAAACAAAAGAUUUUGAAAGAUGCUGGAUAUGGUUCUGCAAACAAGUCGGACUCAAAAAGUACACCCGAUGAUUUGGUUGUUUCUGAUUCACAAAAGCGUGCUGGUAAGUUUUCCACUGGGAAGAAGGAAAAGUUAAGGGAUAGGGUAAAGUAUAGGCCACCGUCAAACAAGCGUGACAGAAAUCAUACUGUAUCCAAUACUGAAAAAGAGGCUGACAAAGAGUCCUGCGAGGAGCUUGUUUCCAAGACUAUGAAGCUUCCACUUUUAUCCUGUCUAUCACCGUCAUAUAUCCACCCAGCAAAAGAGAUUGAUAAAGUAUCAGAUUCUAAUGUGGAGGUUAUAUCAAGAGGAACGAACAAAGAUGCAUCUUUGAUGGGUUCAAAGCCGGAACUAGAAGAUAAUGUAGUGGCAUUUUCAGAUCGAAGUGUUAAGGAAACUGAAAGUAUUAACGUAAGAAAAGACAUGUACCUGAUAAAAGGUGAACCUCUAAACUCAUUGGAAAGUAAUUCCAAGAGGGAGAAAGCUCCAAGUAUUGAACAUGUAGAUUGUUCUUCUGUGGUUAAGGGUAGCCAGAGUGAGACAAGGAAUGAAGAGCAAAUUUUAAAGUCAAAACUGCCUAAAGCACAGAAGUCACAAAAAAGUUCAAGCUCCAUUGUUUCCAUGAAUAGUCUGAGAAGCAAGGACGCGGCUGUAAAUAUAGUUAAGAAGAAUGUACCAGAUAAAUUGCAGGAAGAUAUUAAAGAAUCCGAACACAUGUAUAAGGGAUUCUUUGGUGAUUCGAACGAAUCAAAAGAAGAAAAACAAAGUAGUCCGGUACUUAAAGCUGAGAAAGAAAAGCUUUCAGAAGAAAAUGCAUUGGAGGAGAGUUUCAACAGUGUUAAAAAUGAUAAGGAGGCUUGUGACCAUCUAAAUUUGGUAUGUGAACCUGAUUUGAAACACCUUAUUAAGCCGAGUGACUUGAAUGAAGAUAGGCACACCACUAAGCAGAUUGUUAGACGGGAAGUGAAAAAUAAGCAUUCUCUUGAAGGAGGAAUGGAGAAUAUGGGAAUGGAAUCUGAAAGGGAACUUUCUGGGGUUUCUAAGAAACCAAAGACUGGAAAAUCACGAUUUUCCACUGUAGAUCAAACUGGAUCCAACAAAUCCAACCAAAUUCUGGACGUUUUAGAUACUAACAAAACUAUGAUUACUCAAGACUCAGCCGAAAAUGUCAAGGAUUUUGCUAAGGCUUCCUCGCAUGGCGAACGUGAUGACAGAAAGAGGAAACUGAAGGAAAAUGAAGAAAGUGGAGAUUGUAUGAGACUUAGAGAAGCUGCAGUAAUAGAGUCAAGUGGAGAGAACGUUAGAAAAAGUAAGAGGCUUAAAGGUUCAAGUUGUGAUGAAAAAGAGUUGCCUUUUAGUAGUGAAAGCUGUGAUAAGGAAAGAAGGGUUAGUCAAGAAAAUGGUAGAGAUUGUGCUUCCGAUCUACCUUUUACAGCGUCCUCUCGGAGUUUGUGUAAGGAUUUGGGCUCUGAAAUUAUCAAAAAUAAUGUCCGCGAAGUCAAAGGUUCACUAGUUGAAUCAGUUACCCCUUUGGCCUUGAGAGUGUUAGACUCAGGUGAGCUUAAAUCAGGAAGAAUUUCAGAGAGGGAUGAAUACCAUGAUGCUGAUUCUAAUGCUGGUGAUACGUCAAAAAGAUGCCGAGAUGGUGAGGCUUAUAGCACUAUCGAUAGACCAGGGACAACAAAGAAGGCUGCAGAAAAUUCCAAGGAUAGAGAAAGAGCAUACGGUGAAGAUUGUUCAAUUGAAAACUUUAAACCAAAGAAUCCAGGGAGAUAUCCUGGUGAAAAUUGCAUAGAGGGUGACUCUAAGCAAAAGAGUAGGGAAGAGGGGUCAUCUGCACCUUCGAAAGAGAAUAACUGGGGUCUGGUGAAUGACGUGCAAGAUCUUGGCACUGCUGUUAAAGUAAAAAGAAAAGAAAGCAGGAGCAAGAAAAGACCUGCUAGAAAAGUGUCUUUGGAGAGUAAUAAAAAAGACUCAAGGGAAUAUCAAGAUCCUAAUACUAAGCUAGAUAGAAGUGGUAGUCAUUUUUCUUCUCGACAGAAACCUGAUACAGCAAACACUUCUCGUGGGAAAAGCAACCCAUUGGAAGUGACCACUGAGAAAUUAAAGAAUAACUCAGCUGGCACAGAUCAAGUUGAAGUCUUGGGUCACGGCACUGAGAUAUCAAAUACAAAGAAACCGAGACUGCGGAAUGAUAAUCACAGUGUGACCCACAAUGAAGGUUCGCGAAACCAAAAGCAAAAUGGAAGUAUGCAUAAGGAUCAUGUUGGCUUAAGCCCUUUGAAAAAGGAAUCCACGAGUCAGACUGCCUCCAACUCAAUCAAAGAGGCUACAGACUUGAAACACAUGGCUGAUCGUCUUAAGAAUGCUGUGUCCAAUCACGAGAGCACAGGUGUUUACUUUCAGGCAGCUCUUAAGUUUCUUCAUGGUGCCUCCCUUUUGGAGUCAUCUGGCAUUGAUAAUGCUACACAUAAGACCAUUGCCAGAUCCAAGGAUAUUUACGGCAGCACAGCAAAACUUUGCGAGUUCUGUGCUCAUGAAUACGAGAAAAAUAAAGAUAUGGGGGCUGCUGCUCUGGCUUAUAAAUGUAUGGAAGUAGCUUAUCUAAGGAUAACUUAUACCUCCCAUGGUAACAUAAGAAGAUGCAGAUAUGAUUUGCAAGCAGCUUUGCAAGUGAUUCCUUCAGGUGAAUCUCCUUCCUUUGCUUCUGAUGGUGAAAAUUCAAACCACUCAUUGGCUGCGGAAAAGUUUGCUAUGUCCAACACAGUGAGAUCAUCCCCUAACGUAACUGGAAACCAUGUUAUCUCUUCAGGAAACAAUUCCUCUCUUUCACAGCUUUUGGCAUUUUCGCAAAACGUAAGCUUUGCUAUGGAAGCGUCAAGAAAAGCGCAGAUUGCAUUAGCAGCUGCAAAGGGAAAAUCGUAUGAAACCAGAUACAGUAAUGAUGGUAUAACAUGCAUCAAAAGGGCUCUUGACUUGAGUUUUCAGGACAUGGAGAAACUGUUGCAUGUGGUGAGGCUUGCAAUGGAAUCCAUAAACCGGUGAUUAUGAAUAAUAUAUGAUCUCACUCUAAUAUCAAAAACGCAAUACUCCCCACAUGUCAUAUACUACGGGAGAAGAAAGGAAAGCGACCUUGGAAAAUUGAAGACAAAGAAGGCCUAUAUAUAUAAACUUGUUUGUUCUCUUCACAGCUCAAGUGUAUAGUGUUAGGACCUUGAUUUGUGAGACUUGCUCAAGAUUAAAAGAUUCAAGUUACC